CUGGGAUCCUCCUGAAUCCUGCGUCGCCUCUGCAAGUCCCGCCCACCCCCAGAGAGGACCGUUAUAUAGCCGGCCCCUGAGCACCACUUAUUAAAAACAGCAACCCAGGCACCGCAGAAGCUGAGAAUCGGAGAGGGAAAAAGAGGAAGAAAACAAUCGCUGCCACUUAUGGAGGACCUUAGGGGGGCUAAACCGAAGAGAAGAUUGUCCAGAAAUGUCCUGGUCAUCCUGGGAUUCUUCUUUGCCAUUGCUAUCAUCGCCUUAAUCACGGUGGGGGUGACCCAAAACAAAUCACUGCCAGAAAAUGUGAAGUUCGGGAUUGUCUUGGAUGCCGGCUCUUCUCACACAGGCCUGUACGUGUACAAAUGGCCAGCGGAGAAGGAAAAUGAUACUGGAGUUGUGCAACAGGUGGCUGUGUGCAAGGUACAAGGUCCCGGAAUCUCAGGAUAUGCUCAGGAAGUUGAUAAGGUGGGCGCUCCCCUUGGCCAAUGCAUGGAAAAGGCCAAGGAGGUGAUCCCUGAACAACAAUACUCAGAGACCCCUGUCUAUCUGGGGGCAACAGCCGGCAUGCGGCUACUCAGGUUGGAGAACAGCACUCUGGCUGAAGAAGUCCUUUCCGCGGUGGAGAAGAGCCUCGGCUCUUACCCCUUUGACUUCCAGGGGGCCCGGAUCAUCACCGGCAAGGAAGAAGGGGCUUAUGGCUGGAUCACCAUUAAUUAUCUGCUGGGAAAUUUCAAUCAGAGUUCUGCCUGGCUGAAAUUUCUGCCCAAAUCCUGGGGCAGCCAGGAAACAUCGGGAGCCCUGGACCUGGGAGGAGCCUCCACGCAGAUCACCUUUGUGCCACAAAAGGAGGACAACGAGUCCAGUGACAGCUCGCUGCACUUCCACCUCUACGGCAAGAACUACAACAUCUACACACACAGCUUCCUGUGCUAUGGGAAGGACCAGGCUCUACGUUUGAAGUUGACCAAGAGCAUCCAGGAGGCAGAAAAUGGACAGUUGAAGGACCCAUGCUUUCACACUGGCUACAAGAAGGUUGUGAAGAUGAGCGAUCUCUACAGUAGCCCCUGCACUGAGAAGGCGGAGAGCGUCCUUCAUCUGGAUGAGCUCCACAUCCAGGGCACUGGAAACUUUGCGCAGUGCCAGAAGAGUCUCGAGAACAUUUUCAACACUUCCUUCUGCUCUUACUCACGGUGUUCUUUCAAUGGGAUUUUUCUACCACCCGUAAGGGGAGAUUUCAGGGCAUUUUCUGCUUUCUACUUUGUGAUGAACUUUUUAAACCUGACAGCUAAGGAGGGCUCGUCUCUGAAAAAUGUGACCAAAAAAAUAGAAGACUUCUGUUCCCGGCCGUGGGAGGAGGUGAAAACUUCCUUCUCUGAUAUAAAGGAGAAGUACCUGAGUGAAUAUUGUUUCUCCGGCACCUACAUUGUCACGCUUCUGCAUCUCCGAUACGGCUUCACUGAUGAAAACUGGAAAGACAUCCAGUUCAUGGGCAAGAUUGGGGACAGCGAUGCAGGUUGGACUUUGGGGUACAUGCUGAACCAGACGAACAUGAUCCCAGCCGAGCAGGCUCCCUCCCCACCCCUCUCCCACCCGGUCUACGUCUUUCUCAUGGUGGCCUUCUCACUGCUCCUGGUUGCGGUGUGCCUGACGGGCUGCCUGGUCUUCCGCUGGGCUUCGUGCCUCCAGAAGGGAGUGGUGUAGCACGGGGGCCCUCCCAGCGAAUCUGCUGGGAUGGGGCAGUGGAGAAACCACUGGAGGAAGAAGUCUCCCUCAGGAAAGGUCCUACACUCUUCUUCGCUGACCCUGAGAAUCACCUGAAGUUUCCCCAUCUGCUGCUCGGAGACUUCCCAGGAGGACACUCUCUGCUUUCCAUCUCGUGUGGUUCCUGGCAGAGGAAUUCAGUCACUCCAGCUGAUUUGUUUUUAAUCUGUCCAUCCCCAUCUCUGUCUGUCUCCAUCUCCAUCUCUGCCUGUCCGUCUCCAUCUCUGUUUGUCUGUCUCCAUCCCUGUCUGUCUACCACCAUCUCUCUGUCCUCCGCCAUCUCUUUCCGUCGGUCUCUCUCGGGUGGUCCGUGCCCACCCAAGUCAGAAAAACCAGACCACUUUCAGGAAUUCUGCUUUGUCUUUUGGAUUUGGGCUGGAGAAAGGAAACCCCAGAGACUGGCUCAACAGCUGUGUCCCAUGAAGACCACCAGACGACUCUGGAAGAGUAGAAGGGGCAGGGCCCCUUACUCCAUGAAUUCCUUCUAAAGAGUUGUAUUCUCAGAGAGUCCUUGCUUUCCUCCAUUCCCUUUUACUAAGAAACCCUUAAGCUCGCCUUGCGUGGAGCAUUAUCAGCUGCACUUUAACCACAGUGCCGUGGGGCAGUUUCAGAGAGGGCCAAAGAUCACUUCAAGACCAACAUAUAUUCCAGGACUUCGCUUCCAUUCUUUUGACAGAGAUGGGCACGCCACGCUGUAAGAGGAGGACACAGGGACCAGUUCAGAGCUAGGGAGUAGAACUGAACCGAACCCCCCUGUGAUUAAAACCCUCCUCAAGGCGAGGUGUGUGUUUUUUUAAUGGUAUUUGUUUAGUACUCUCUAUGUGCCAGGCACUGUACUAAGCGCCAAGGUAGGU